AGCGAUCAAGAAACAGAAAACGACAUUUGCCGAAAGCUCUAAGAAAUGGAAUGAAUUUAUUGAAGCUACAGCAAUAUGGCUGAAAAACAUAAAUAUCCUGUUAAUACACACAUCAGAUGAACAACUAGUUAAUCAAUUCGAAAAGAUCCAUUUACAAGAACGGGAUCGCUCAAAGUCAAAAACACGAAAGGCGUCUCCUCAGUUAAAAGACGCUCUUGAUAUUAAAGUGAAUUCUUUAGCCCAGAAAACCGCUGUCGCAUCAUCACCUUCUUCAGCAGUUAUAGUUGAACAAUCGACACUCGAUAGUAUCCUACAAAUGCUACAUGAACUUAAAGUUAAAGUAGAAAAGCAGGAACAAACCACAUCUAGCACAAAAACUGAUACUCAGAGCUCCAAAAAUGAUAUAAUAGACAUAUUAGCGCAGAAUCAAGCUGAAUGUCAGAAAGCAAUCACUGAAAUGGCUAAAUCGUUAACUGAUCAAAAGAUAACACCUGCUCCAGCACCGCAUGGUGAAGUACCUCACAGACAGGUCCCUUUAUUCUUAGGUGACCUAUUGGCUUAUGCAGAUUUUAUUAGGGCCUUUGAUAACGCUGUUGGGGAUGUGUUAGAAAACCCUCAAGAUAAAUUAGAUUAUUUGAUCCAAUUCACAAGAGGUCCUGCUCAGGAUUUAGUUAAAGGCAGUGUGCGACUGCCAUCAAGUCGAGGUUAUCAAAAGGCCAGAGACCAACUUGUAACUUACUUUGGUGAUGAAGUAUUCAUAGCUGAUGCAUACAUAGAAAAGGCAUUCAAGUGGCCUCAAAUAAAACAAAAUGACAGUGCAGCUCUGAGAGAAUAUGCAUCCUUUCUUGAUAGCUGUAUAGACAAAAUGACAAGUGCAGGAAAUCGAGAUGCAUUCAAUAAUAAUCCAAAUAUUCGCAUAAUAAUCUCUAAGCUCCCAUAUACUUUACGAGACAAGUGGCAAAGCUGAGCUUUCAAAUUUAAAGAAAAGGAAGCAAGAAGGGAAGGUAUUGAUCAACUAAUUAUCUUUCUGCAUCGUCAGGUGAAGAUGAUGAUGGAUCCCUUUUAUGGAGAUGUUACACAAGGUAACAUGGAGAAAAAGGAAAAGACUGACAAAAGGACACCUUAGUAAGAACUGUACAGAAGGUAUGAAAUAUCAGACAUGUUCUCUUCAGCACCCAGACAUCCUGCACAUUAAAAAAGAUAGUGGAGCAGCAUCUAAAGCUAUGGCUAGUAUAGCAACAUCUACUGAAAGGGAAACGGAGACUGGAACUUGUACCUUUACUGGGGCCGGAGAAGAAUGCGCACAUCAAGUAGUUCCUGUUAAGGUAAAAUCC